AUGGCGGAAGAAGUUUCUUUUGAUAUUAAUAAUCCUUCCAAGCGGAACGUUCGACAAUAUGUCCACGAUUUGUUAUCUUCUCCUUCUCCUAUCAACGUACGUUACGCGCCUUCAAUAGAAGACCAAGCACCACCUAUUGUGACACGUCAAGAGAUCUGGAAUGGACGAGACCUAUGCCCUCACCGAGUCAGUGGCUGCAAAAUACUGGAGAUCGGUGAAUCCAAGAUCUUGAAAAUGGGCCUUACAGUCACCAUGGGAGAAGCUGAGGCUAUGUGUCUCGUCCGGAAUUCAACAUCAGUUCCUGUUCCAGAGGUGCUCAAUGCUUAUAUGAUUGAAGAUAUUGGAUUUAUCUUAAUGAGGAAGAUACCGGGUAUUCCUCUUGAGGCAUGCUGGGAAAGUCUUUCUGAGGAUUCCCAGCAAUGCAUCCUGGAGCAACUCCGAGUCUAUGUACAUGAGUGGCGCAGAGUUGAAGGUACUUUCUUCGGGUCUGUAGAUCAAGGACCGUGUGAAGAUAUCAUCUUCAAGCACCCAUGGGGAGAGAAAAACCAUCAAUACGGGCCCUUUCAAACCCGAAAGGCAUUCAACCAGGGUGCUGUUAAUGCGCUUAAGAAUUCGAGACCUGGUGGGCAACUGGUCGAUGAGGAUGACUACCGCCUAGCAGAAGAGAUUCUCGCAUCAGGGGAGAAUGGACAAGACGAGAGAAAAAUCUUAACUCAUGGUGACCUACACCCCACUAAUAUUAUCAUCAACGACGGUAAGGUAGCUGGGAUUAUUGACUGGGGUGCAGCGGGGUACAGUAUUGCUGCAAGGGAAUACUUCGGCUUGGUUUGGGCGACACCGGAUUCAUCAUGGAGAAGACUUGCAUCUACCAUUCUCCCCUCAGAUGAGUAUGAUUUUUGGGCUAAGGUGAAUUAUUCCAUGACUGACUACACGGGCAUCUAA